UGUCCCUCCAACCUUCCUUGCAGUGAAGAUGGCCUUAAGGAUAACAAAAAUGGGGCAACAGGAAUGGAUCACUUUAAUGGAUUAUAACAUAUCGAGUGUGGAGUUAAUAUGCAGAUGCUCUGGUUCAGAAUGAGACCAAACUUUUCUAUUGAUGUCUGAUUUUAAGCUACGACGAAAAUGUGGCCUGUAACAGACGUGUCGACGUACAGAAAAUCACCUGGGAGACUUAACAGACCGGCUGCAGUGAGCCUGGCGCUACUUGCUGCUGUUCUACUAAUGGUUGAUAUCGGCCUGGGGGUUCACUACAACAAACUCCCAGAUACCAGACCUAAUGAUACAGAACGCAUCAGCAACGAGUUGGCCAAACUCCAGGAUACUUACAAGGCUGCAGUCGAAUCAUUAGACAGUGCCAAGAAGCAGCUGGACAGUGAGAUGAGUCGUCAGAUUCCAACAGACUGGGAGCUUGAACACCAGACAAGAAGAAGCACAAAGUAUAAAGAGCAGCUUGUUACAAAGACUGAGGAUGCUGCAAAACUGAAAUACCAAAUAGAAAUAAUGAGCAAUGGCUGCAAAUACUGUCCACCAAGAUGGAUUUUGAUGAACUCAGUGUGUUACUACUUCCCAUUCUCUGAAAGUGACGGGGUCAAAACAUGGCAAAAAGCGAGAGAUUACUGCCAGAUGUACGGAGGUGACCUUGCAGUCAUAGACAGCAAAGACAAAGAGAACGCAACUGUAAACCUCUUACUGGAUAACAACAAAUACCUCCCAGACCCCACUAGGGGCCUCUGGAUUGGACUGAAGAAUUUCCCCAGAGAAGAUACUUGGAGAUGGGUGGAUGGAAGAGCACUGGUUGAAGGGUACUGGGCUGAUGGAGAACCAAACAGUAACAAACAAGGUUACUCUGACUGUGGAGUUGUACGUGCCAAAGAAAACUUCUUCAAGGCUUGGAACGAUGUUAGAUGUGGACAAAAACAGAAAUGGAUUUGUGAAAAAGCCCCAAAUUAUACGACUUAACACUUUAUGUUUACAGCAUUUGCUCGCAAGCUCAACUUUUUCCAUAAAGAGUUAAAUUCACCUUGGAGACUUUCUGACUGAAUUUUUCUGUAAUGAUGAACAGUAUCUUUACCAAAUCAGAACCUUGAUUAUGUGUGUGCAUGCUACUGUUACACAUAUCUCUGUCUGCACAAUUUAAUAAACUGUUAACACUGUAUUUAAAUCCACCUACUUAACAUUUCACAAGUGGUUUAUAACACAAUAUAAUGUAGUUGUUUGUAGCUGUAAGGACAUUUUUACAUAUAGCACACUGAUACAAUACAGUAUUAAUUUGCCCUAUGACGACAUGCAGCAUUUCAUAUUAUUACCAACGUGUUUUACUACAUUAUCACUCAUCAUCUGUUUAAACACCAGCCUCCAUUUAUGGGCUUCCACAGGAGGGGUUAUAGUUUUGGUUUAUUAGUGUAAAAGGCUGAAAAUGGGGACUACAAAUUUAUUAUCAUAAUCAAUGUUGUUGUAAUUACUGUUGUUAUUACUAUUAUCAUUAUUGUUAUCAUCAUCAUUUGUUCUAUUAUUAUAACCAAUUGUAUCAUUAUGAUUAUUGUCAUUAUCAUUGUCAUUAACACUUUUAUCAAUUGCAUAUACCAACACUACUUCUACCGUCAUUUCAGCUCUUGAUACAAGGAUGUUAUAGUAUGGUAUUAUUAUUAUUAUUUUUUCAAUAGAUCAUGAUAGAGCACAUCUUGUUCUACUUGCUAUAUAUUGUUGUAAUUCUAAAGUUGAA